AUGGAAUCAGUCGACCCGAGCAAGACGGAUUUUGAGUUGAUGCGCGAUAGUAAAAAGCGCAAGCUACCAUGGUGGAAAACCCCAAACGCACCGAUCAUAUGUGAGCAGAUUGUGAAGAACCUGCUGAGGCGCAUGUAUGCGGCUGCCCGUGAAGACAUAGAGCUGCGCAAGCAACACAAGCAGGUAACGAAGAAGUUGGCGCUGCUGAACGAAUUUCUGGACGCACUGCGGAAGCGCUACCUCCACCCAACCCUACUGGACAGGGGCGUACUGAGUGUGAUAGAGCUGUGGCUAAAGCCGGCUGCAAAUGGAGAACUUACCAACAGCCAGAUAACGCGCGGACUGCUGCGAUCGAUGCUCGAGCUGUCCGGCGUUUCGCGCACGCAUUUGGAGCGGUGCAAAGUGGUGGAGGUUGUGUUUGCGCUGCAAAAUCGCCGGGAUGAAAUGCACGACAACCAGCGGAUGGCAAGCGAGCUAAUUCAUCGGUGGGCACGGUUGCGCACUUCUAAAUGUUCGUUGGUGACACCAGUAAAGGUACACGCAAAUGAGCACAUUGCAUACUAUUUGACCGCUGCCUCCAGCUAA